AUGGGCCUAUUUUCCGUGCUCGAUGCAAGUUCAUCGACAGCGCGUUGGGCUGUAUUCCAGAUCAUAUGUGCGGCUGGAAUUGGACUUGUCUCGACUACCACUCUACCCGCUGUACAGGUUGAGUUAGAGGAGAAGGAUGUGGCCACAUCGACAGCGACUUGGGGAUUUCUACGCAGUCUUGGUUCCAUUUGGGGAGUCGCCAUUCCAGCCGCAAUCUUCAAUAACCGUUUCGAGCAGCUCGCAGCUGGUAUUGAGGACCUGAACUUGCGCGUUUCCCUCCAGAAUGGCGCUGCGUAUGAGAAAGCUUCGGCAAAGCUGAUAAAUGCACUCUCCGAACCGUCUAGAUCUCAAGUCAUUGCUGCCUACACAGGCGCUCUCAAGCAGUGUUGGCAGAUUGGCAUCACAUUCUCUGCGCUGGCUUUUCUGCUUGCCUUCGGACUUCGGGAGGUCGAAAUGAGGAAAAGUCUUGAGACGGAGUUCGGCCUAGAAGACAAGAAGAAAGAGGCAGAGUAG